GAACCGUGCGGGAUCAGUGCGGGACCGGUACAGGACCAGCACAGAACCCGUGCAGGACCAGUACAGAACCAGUACAGAACCAGUGCCGAACUAGCACAGAACCAGCACAGAGCCCGUGCGGUACCCGUGCCGAACCAGCACAGAACCCGUGCCGAACCAGCACAGAACCCGUGCGGUACCAGCACAGAGCCCGUGCCGAACCCGCGCCGUUCUGGCGGACGCUGGUGGCGGUGCCCGCCCGCGCGGGGGCGCCGGGCGCUGGCUGCGGUCCCCACGGCCGCGGCGGCGUUGCCCCUUUAAGGGCCGCGCGGCCGUACCAAAACAAAAGCGCGGCGCGGCCAUUGGCUGCGGGGCGGGCACGUGCCGCACAGCUGGGGCUUCCUGCGGCCGGGGCCGCGCCGGGCCCGACCGCGCCUCCGCUCCGGCACCGGCACCGAUACCGAUACCGGCACCGAUACCGGCACCGGCCCGCCAUGGCGCACUCGGCGCCGCUCGGCCUCCUGGAGCAGGGCUGCCCCAUCCAGGUGGAGCACGAUCGCAAGCGGCGGCAGUUCACCGUGCGGCUCAACGGUUGCCACGACAAGGCCGUGCUGCUCUACGAGUACGUGGGGAAGCGGAUCGUGGACUUGCAGCACACGGAAGUGCCCGAUGCCUAUCGAGGGAGAGGAAUAGCCAAGCACCUGGCAAAGGCAGCCCUGGACUUUGUGGUGGAGGAGGACCUGAAGGCCCACCUGACGUGCUGGUACAUUCAGAAGUACGUCAAGGAGAACCCGCUGCCGCAGUACCUGGAACACUUGCAGCCUUAAGGCAGGACUGCUCCCACACCAGCACACCUGGCCCUGACUGUUCAACACGGCCUUGGCUUCUCUGCAGUCUCAGGAAACCCCUUCCCACACUCGCCAUUCCCGGUUUUUGUAGGCGUGUCCGCGCGGCGUGUGAGCGUGGGCACCACCUCCUCCUCUCUGCCCACGUGUGAGCAUGGCCACAGCCCCUGGGCACACGUGGUGCCCACCAGUGCUUUUGCCAAGCCAGGGGAUAGAAGAGGGUGAAUCUUCCACCAAACUCCAUCGCAAGGCCAGGGCAUGACUUGUUCUGCACCUCAUCCUCUCCCCUCUGCUUGGCGACAGCUCUGAACUUGCUGGGGGAUGUUGGUUAGGGCUGGCCAUGGGGUGCCAGCCCCUCUUUCCUCCUGGCAGCUGGGAUUAAGCUCUGUGGGACAGAGGGAGGUGCUGGAGGAGCCCCAGCCUGGUGUCAGGUUCAUCCCCUGCAGCACCUGGUGGGCACCACGCCGUGUCCAAGCCCACAUGCAGUACGUACAAGAACAUGUGGACCAUGGUGGCACCUCGGGGGCUUUGCUGCACCGGCUGUGGAGGCACUGGGAUGGUGACACCUUGGAGCCUAGAGACAAGAGCCGUGUGAGGAGUGGACUUGGACUGCAGAGGCCGUGGCAGAGUCUGUGCAGAGGAAGAAAUGUGGCUGAGUUGCAGAUGCUGCUCCCUGGAGAUGCCAGCUCCUGCCCAGCUUCUGUACACAACCCUGAAGUGGCGUCCCAGAGAGCCAUGGACUGUUAUUCCUGUCUCCCUGCCCUUGGUGUGGACGCAGCCUGCUCAGGAGAAGAGACCAGCCCCACAGCCAGCCUUGGCCUAAGCAGUGAGGGACAUCCCAGGGCACCAGGGUGGUUUCCUGCAGCUGAAGAGGAAGGCUUCCCCCAUCUCCCUCUUCUCCAUCUCUGCAGGCCCCAUCAGGACAUCCUGAGAGCAGCAGGGUGAGGCCUCCAGGACCUGCUCCUGGCCCAUCUCCAGGGUUCAGUGCUAGAGGCACCUGCAUCCACGUGGAUUCCCUUGGCUUCUCCUUACAGCCCUUGGAAAGAAGCCCUGGCUCAUGGCAUUACCUGUCUGCUCAGGGCCUCCUCACAGCUCCAAGCUCAGAGCACUGGCAGCAUGGUGGAGACCUUGGCCAGCAGCAGGAACACCCUGAUUUCGUGCUCUUACCUCUGUGGAUGAUGAUUCUGUAGCACAACCCAGCAUUGCCACACUCAGAUGUAGAGGUAACACCAUGAUGGCAGGGCACUGCCAGGUUCCAGCUUGCUGCCUGUCCUGCCUUGCCUGCGUUUUCCAGGGCUUGAGCUACACCCCAGAGCAUCUCACACUGAGCUCUCAGGAUUUUGUAGUGUGCCAAGGCAGGGCUACAGGGAGGUGAUGGUGAUGGUGAGGGAGAUGUUUUCAACACCCUCAGCCCUGAGCAGCUGCUGGGGGCUGCAGCCAGGCAGGACAUGCAGAGCCUCUCACCUGGAGACCAAAUCCAGACCUUGCUUAGCUCAGCAGGGACUAAAGUUUACAAUCUGUGCCACGGAGUGACUGAAGCCCCAGGUGAGAGGCAGCUCAGCCCUUUCCCAGAGCCCAGCACAAAAUCCAUGGCAGCAAAGGCAAAAACUCCUACAAAAUCUUCUCUCCUGGUUGGGGUGGCCAGGGAUGGAGACCCUGUGCCAGGAUUUCAGCCUGAGCUGUCCCUGGCCACCAGCUCGAGGGGAACCCUUGCUGUCUGCCCAUGCUUUUGGGCUGCCCAUCACCAGCACAGUGCAGCCUCUCAGGCUUCCAAAUCUCCCAACCUCCAUCCGUGUCCUGCACACUGCAGGCUGUGAGACCCCUGGCCAUGCCCACCACCUGUGCCAGGGGCCAGAGCCACCUCUGCCUUGUGCUGCUCAGGAAAGGCUUCAAGCUCAGCCCUGCCUCUGCUUCAUUUCUGCCCCCCUGCUGCUUAUUUCACCCAGGCUGUGACCUUUUAGGGUGGCUUCAAGGGACUGGGAAAGGGUGACAGGUAACAAACUAAAGGGGCUCAAGAAGAAAUGUGGGCUGCUAAAUGUUCCUUCUUUAACAUGCAAAACACACUUCAACACAUAGUUACGGGAGCAAGGCUGGCUCUGGUACUGCUGUGAUGACUGAACCAUCCCUUCUCUUGAUUCCAAGGUGAAGCUGAACUGUUUUGUCCCCUGGAAGCCAAGAUAAGACACUUGUGUCUUUGCCACAGCAGGGCUGGGUGCGAUGUUUGAGCUCUGUCCUGGUUUUGUGCUCAUUUCCACUGUGUGCAGUCUCCAGCAGCUCCCUGUUGUGUCAGCUCGCUGGAGGGUGUGCUGUGCUCACUGUCUGGGCAGAGUCCCACGUCCAGCCUGGCUCUGGAGCCCCCGUGCUGCUCUGGCAGGAACCUCGAGCUUCCCGGCGCUGGAUCCCCGCAGCGAUCGCUGCCUUAAACCGGGCACAGCACACGGUUCUGCUGCUGCUUCCCCUCGAGGUGCUACAACCCCCCGGCGUCUGACCUGACAGAGACGUGUGCCAGUGUCUGUGCCAACCACUUCUCUGCUGUGUCCGCGCUCUGUCCCAGCCUUCCCUCCUCCUGGAUGCCAGUGAAUAGCAAUACCCACAGGUGACCAGCGAUGCCGCAGUCCACGGUGCUGCUGUGACCCUGCCACGGCUGGGUGGGACCCGGCUCGGGGUCCCUCAGUGCUGGGUAGCCCUUCCCUGCCUCCCCACCAGCUGCCUUUUCCCAGCUGGUCUCUGCAGAAAGGAGCUUCGAGUCCUGUGCUGCCCCUUGGUGCUGACUAAGCCUGGAGGAGUUUGGGAUCCUGGACUCUCCCCGGGCAACAGGAGCGUGGAAGUGGUUUGGUUGAAUACUGAGCUCCCCAAACCCGUUUGAGCUACAGACCUUUGGUGGGUGGGGGAAUGCAGGUGGCUGUCAAACCUGCUUCCACAGCCCCCAACUUGAAACACCCCCUCCCUCAUCCGCUCUGCAGCGUUGUCUUCCUCUGUCCAAGGUUUCCGUUCUGUUGGAUUCGGUGGUUACGAUGUGCCUUUCCUUCUCAGGACCUGUUACAAACGACCUUUCUGCUCUUGUUUAUGUUUAACAUUUAUCUUGAUCCCUCCCUCUGUCAUACUAUAAAACAUGAACAUAAUGCAUGGAAUACAAUACAAUAAAAGUGUGGCUUAACUGA